UGGACCAAGAGAACCCCUCUCCAAUGCCCAUGUGAUAUUCAGUUCCCCAUUGCAUUUCAGAAACAACCACUACCAAACAUUGAACUCACCAAAUAGCCUGAAACUCUGCUCUCAAUCUCACAAAUAAACUGCGAGAGAAAAUGAAGAUUAUGGCUUUCAGGCUUCUGAAGAUGUUUUUGUUUCUAAUGUUCUCUUACACACACGCGGUAGCAGAUGAGCAAAAGCAGCAAUCAAAACAGACUUACAUAAUUCGCAUGGACAGGAGCAACAUGCCGUCAAGUUUCAACGACCACUUUGAGUGGUACGCCGCAUCUUUAAACUCGGUAUCCGACUCAGCGGACAUGCUUUACACCUACAACAACAUAAUCCAUGGCUUCUCCACAAGGCUGACGGCCGAGGAAGCUCAGUCACUUCAAAAGCAACCAGGAAUUCUCGGUGUCCUGCCUGAAGUGAUAUACGAGCUUCAUACAACUCGGACGCCGGAGUUCCUUGGACUAGAUAAAACUGAGGCUCUCUUCCCCACGAAAAACGAAGCCAGCGAGGUGAUUGUUGGCGUAUUGGACACCGGUGUAUGGCCGGAAAUCAAGAGCUACGACGACACGGGUUUGGGGCCGGUACCGAGUGGCUGGAAAGGUGAAUGUGAGGUGGGUAAGAACUUCAAUUCAUCAAGCUGUAACCGCAAACUUAUAGGCGCAAGGUCUUUCUCAAAAGGGUAUGAAGCAGCGUUUGGACCGAUUGAGGAAAAGGCGGAAUCAAAAUCACCAAGGGAUGAUGACGGCCAUGGAACUCACACCUCAACAACAGCAGCAGGGUCAGCCGUGCAAGGAGCUAACCUCUUUGGUUUUGCUUCUGGGACAGCUCGUGGUAUGGCAACACACGCCCGAGUAGCCACAUACAAGGUGUGCUGGCUCGGUGGAUGUUUCAGCUCAGAUAUUGCAGCAGCAAUCGAGAAGGCCAUUGAAGAUGGGGUCCAUGUCAUAUCCAUGUCUAUUGGGGGAGGGACACCCGACUACUACAGAGACAUUGUCGCCAUUGGAGCUUUCAAAGCAACGGCACAGGGAAUCCUUGUAUCAUGCUCUGCUGGGAAUGGUGGACCAGGCCCAAGUUCUUUAACCAACGUUGCGCCUUGGAUAACCACUGUGGGUGCUGGAACUUUGGACCGUGAUUUUCCCGUUGAUGUUUCCCUCGGAAACGGGAAGAAUUACACUGGUGUAUCACUCUAUAACGGGAAACCGUUAAUUGAUCCUCUUUUACCACUUGUUUAUGCCGAUAGUGUAAGUAACGUGACAUAUGGUCGUCUGUGCUUGACUGACAGUCUGAUUCCAGAAAAAGCUGCCGGGAAAAUUGUGGUAUGUGAUCGAGGAUCAAAUGCUAGGGUGGAAAAGGGUAUAGCGGUUAGAAAAGCUGGUGGCGUGGGGAUGAUAUUAGCUAACACAGAUUCUUAUGGGGAGGAGUUAGUUGCCGAUUCACAUCUCUUGCCUACAGCAGCUGUAGGACAGAAAACCGGCGAUGCCAUAAAGAACUAUAUCCACUCGGAUCCUAAUCCCACUGCUAUAAUUGGUCCCGGAUACACGAAAUUAGAUGUUAAACCCUCACCGGUAGUUGCAGCAUUCAGUUCUAGAGGUCCAAAUUUGCUCACUCCGGGAAUACUCAAGCCGGACCUAAUAGCGCCAGGAGUCAAUAUCCUGGCUGGGUGGACAGGUGCAGUCGGACCAACAGGGCAAGACAGUGAUACCAGGCAUGUAAGCUUCAAUAUUGUUUCCGGUACAUCAAUGUCAUGCCCGCAUGUAAGCGGGUUAGCCGCAUUCCUCAAGGCUGCUCACCCAGAAUGGAGCCCUGCAGCCAUCAAGUCUGCCCUCAUGACCACAGCUUACCCUAAAUACAAAAGUGGGGAAACCAUACAGGAUAUCGCUACCGGAAAACCAUCAACACCGUUUGACUACGGCGCUGGACAUGCGGAUCCAGUUGCUGCUCUUGAUCCUGGCCUCGUUUACGAUACCACGGUUGAUGACUACCUAGGCUUCCUAUGCGCCUCAAAUUAUACCUCUGCUCAAAUCAAGCUUGCCACAAACAUGCAGUUCACCUGUGAUUCAAGCAAGAAAUACACCAUAGGAGAUUUUAAUUACCCAUCUUUCGCUGUUCCUCUAGAAACAGCUUCAGACAAAGGAGGUGGAGUUGGAGAAACAAGCACUGUAAAAUACACCAGGACUCUGACUAAUGUGGGCACUCCGGGAACAUAUACCGUUUCUGUGUCAUCACCCGAUGUGAAAAUCUUGGUUGAACCAAAAUCACUCACUUUCAGUGAACUGUACGAGAAGAAAAGCUUCACCGUGACAUUCACUGCCAGUUCUAUGCCGUCUGGUUCAACCAGCUUCGCUCGUUUGGUCUGGUCCAGCGAGAAUCACCAGGUUGGGAGUCCAAUUGCUUUCACCUGGACAUGAUUAUGGGAUCUGACGUGCCAAAAUGGCGUAAAUGCUCUCUUUAUAUAUGCAGAAUGAAUUGGUUUGCCUUGUAGUUUUCCUUUUUCUUAUGUCCAGCAACCCAGCAAUUGGGGCCAGUUAUGGGUUAAAAAAAACAAGGGAGGAAGAAAUCUAGAAAAAAUAAUUGUACAGAAAAGCAUGCAAGGGAUUGGCUUGUGAAUUAAACUAGGAUUUCUGUGUCCUACUAUUUCUAGAAAUUCUCUCGUCUUGUCUACCAUGGCUCACAUAAUCGAAGAAAAAUAGCAAGGGUUUGACUUUA